GCAGGCACAUUGCACAUAGCUGAACUCUACAAAGUAUAGUCAGGAAGAGAGAGAGAAGCAGAGGCAGACAGACCGGGAGCUGGUAUAAAUAUCGCCAUGAGGGAAAUAGUUCACAUCCAGGCUGGCCAGUGCGGAAACCAAAUUGGAACCAAGUUUUGGGAAGUGAUCAGUGACGAACACGGCAUUGACCCAGCCGGAGGCUAUGUUGGUGAUUCACCGUUGCAGCUGGAGAGGAUCAACGUCUACUACAAUGAAUCAUCCUCCCAAACAUAUGUGCCCAGAGCAAUUUUGGUGGACUUGGAACCUGGAACCAUGGAUAGCGUACGAUCUGGCCCAUUUGGACAACUCUUCCGACCCGAUAAUUUCAUAUUUGGACAAACAGGUGCUGGAAAUAACUGGGCCAAAGGACAUUAUACAGAAGGAGCAGAGCUGGUAGAUUCGGUGCUUGAUAUAGUAAGGAAAGAAUGUGAACACUGUGAUUGCUUGCAGGGAUUUCAGCUCACUCAUUCCCUUGGAGGAGGUACAGGUUCUGGGAUGGGAACACUACUCAUCAGCAAAAUCCGAGAAGAAUAUCCUGAUAGGAUAAUGAAUACCUUCAGUGUCAUGCCAUCACCUAAAGUCUCUGAUACUGUAGUGGAACCAUAUAAUGCCACACUCUCAGUCCACCAGCUGGUUGAAAAUACAGAUGAAACCUACUGUAUUGAUAACGAAGCCUUAUACGAUAUUUGCUUCCGUACUCUGAAGCUCACCACUCCAACAUAUGGUGAUCUGAACCACUUGGUGUCUGCUACAAUGAGCGGGGUAACGACAUCAUUGCGUUUUCCAGGCCAACUAAAUGCAGAUCUACGCAAGCUGGCAGUCAAUAUGGUUCCAUUCCCACGUUUACACUUUUUUAUGCCAGGAUUUGCUCCGUUGACUGCCAGAGGCAGCCAGCAAUAUCGGGCCCUCACAGUACCAGAGCUCACUCAACAGAUGUUUGAUGCCAAAAACAUGAUGGCAGCUUGUGACCCAAGACGUGGACGGUAUCUGACGGUAGCUACAGUCUUCCGAGGUCCCAUGUCCAUGAAAGAGGUUGACGAACAGAUGCUGGCCAUCCAGAACAAGAACAGCAGCUACUUUGUGGAAUGGAUCCCAAAUAAUGUCAAAGUAGCAGUUUGCGAUAUAGCACCCCGAGGCCUUAAGAUGGCCUCCACGUUUAUUGGCAACAGCACAGCUAUUCAAGAGCUCUUCAAAAGAAUCUCAGAGCAAUUCUCAGCCAUGUUCAAGAGAAAAGCCUUUCUUCACUGGUUUACAGGCGAAGGAAUGGAUGAGAUGGAAUUUACAGAAGCAGAAAGCAACAUGAAUGACCUUGUGUCUGAGUACCAGCAGUACCAAGAAGCUACAGCGAAUGAUGGCGAGGAAACAUUUGAAGAGGAGGAGGAAGAACUUAAUGAAUAGAGCCUAUUUAACGCUGUUCUAGAAAUGCUCAAGUCUGAAUAGCUAGCUCUAGCUCAAGUCUUUUCCAGGAUAGUAAAGAAUAUGUAGUAGGGCUUAUUUUUCAGGGGCUGGGUCUUCUUAGCCGCUACUGACUUUGGAGUGGAUGUUGAAUGCUCUGCACCAGAUGUUAUCUAAGAUUCUGCUCUGGUCGAUAUAGUCAUUUAUUCUCUUGGUUGGAGAAGUUUGGCUUAAACUUUAGAUGCCACUAGACACAUUAAAUAAGUGUACUUGUCUCCCAGAAAGAAACAGAGCAGAGGAUUUUUUUGGUUUUAAAAAUACAGCUAUAUUGAUUUCCCUCAAACUGCGAAUCAGAAAAAUGACCAGCUAUGAUCUUAUGCAAAGGUACUUGAAAGUAAGCACUGUUGAUGCCAGUGGGACUUACAUCUAAGGAAAUAGAUUCUAGAAUUGUAGUGUUGGUGAGCCUUUUGAGUGCUGUUUUGUAUUGGGUAUACAGUAUUAAGUUGCUGGGAACAAACUCUGUCAAUAAAAAUAAUGGAAAA